CAAUAAUGAGAUAGAAAUCCAAGAAUAAAAUCUGAUGCGGGCGGUGGACCAGAAACCAGAGUAUCACUUGGAGUGGCCUAAAGACAUUGUGAAUGUACAUGUAAAUCACAUGUAUCACAGUAUAUGUACAACCACAGAGCUAGAGGUGUGCAAUUAAAUAUGGCAGAACAAAGUCUUCUGCAUCUUGCUUGUAAGAAUGGACACUAUCAGACUGUGGAAACUCUCCUGAACCAUGAAUACGAUGUGAACGGAACAGAUGAUAAAGGAUUCACUCCUCUCAUGUGGGCAUGUUUAUAUGGUCACACUGACAUUGCAAUACUGCUGCUGAGUAGAGGAGCACAAGUGAACAUGCAAAUGAAUAUUGGUGGGUUUGCUCUGAUGGUAGCAAGUCAAUAUGGACAUAGCGAUGUCGUUAAAGUAUUGAUAGAAAACGGAGCACAAGUGAACAUGCAAGAUAAUAAUGGGCAGUUUGCUCUGAUUCUAGCGAGUCAAAAUGGACAUAGCGAUGUCGUUAAAAUAUUGAUAGAAAACGGAGCACAAGUGAACAUGCAAGAUAAUAAUGGGCAGUUUGCUCUGAUUCUAGCAAGUCUUAAUGGACAUAGCGAUGUCGUCAAAGUAUUGAUAGAAAAAGGAGCACAAGUAAACAUGCAAAAUAAUAAUGGGUGGUCUGCUCUGAUGCUAGCAAGUCAAAAUGGACAUAGUGACGUCAUUAAAGUAUUGAUAGAAAAAGGAGCACAAGUGAACAUGCAAGAUAAUAAUGGGGGGUAUGCUCUGAUGAUAGCAAGUCAAAAUGGACAUAGCGAUGUUGUCAAAGUAUUGAUAGAAAAAGGAGCACAAGUGAACAUGCAAGAUAAUAAUGGGGGGUCUGCUCUGAUGAUAGCAAGUCUUAAUGGACAUAGCGAUGUCGUCAAAGUAUUGAUAGAAAAAGGAGCACAAGUGAACAUGCAAAUGAAUAAUGGGGGGUCUGCUCUGAUGAUAGCAAGUCAAAAUGGACAUAGCGAUGUUGUCAAAGUAUUGAUAGAAAAAGGAGCACAAGUGAACAUGCAAACGAAUGAUGGGUGGUCUGCUCUGAUGGUAGCGUGUUAUAAUAAGAGAAAGGAAGUUGUUCAGAUAUUGCUUGACAAUCACGCUGAUACAAAUAUUCGUGAUAGCAGUGGUAAAAAUGCACUUAUUGUGGCAACUGUAGCAGGGCAUGCUGAUAUAGUUGAGUUGUUACUACCCUACGAGCACAGAGACACUACCUCAAGCAGCAGUACAUCCACAGAAGAACCUCCAGCAAAUCGGGUAAAGAUUGAAAAAGGACAAGAUGAUGUUUCACUGGUUAAAGAGGUAGCAGCAAUCACCAACGCAGUACAGGAGAAAGAUGUAGAUGCUCUUCCUACAAAAAUUAUGCGACCUCAAACAGUUACUGAAGGACCACCCGUUAAUCGAGUCACUCUCCAAGAACUAGUAAGGCGACACAGUCUGACUGACGAGCAACUCAACAGUGAAAUAGUGGAGUCUGAUAUUCCCUACGUGGCCAAAUAUUUUGAUGGGGUGAUAAUCUAUUCGAGUGCAAUGGGACUGACUCCUGCUGAAUUAGCCGAUGUGAAGGAUUUGUCCUAUAGAAAAGGAAUUCAAGUAGCCAUGACUGAAUGCUUGAUUCUCUGGAAAAGACACGAUCCUGUUACAGCAACUCACAAAGUUCUACUGGAGCUGUUACUGAAAUUAAGAAAAGAGGAAGUAGCUGAUCAAAUCUGUCAGCAUUUGACUAAAUGUAAACCAUCUUCAUCUACUGCAGCAGCUAACAAGGAGUAUAUAUCAGAUGGCCUGGUUCUGUUCAAAGAUAAGCCCAUCGGAAGUGGUGCAUUCGGUGCUGUAUUCAGAGGAGAACUGAAUGGACAGCCUUGUGCUAUCAAAUUGCUAUAUGCACUUGCCAGUGAAAUGCAAACAAAAGUACCAACAGCAAGUCUCGCCUCAAUAGAUUCUGUUGAGAGGUUUCGUAAAGAAUGUGAAUUCCUUGAGUCGUUUCAACACCCCAAUAUUGUCCGUCACCUAGCAACCAAGAAAUAUCCCAAGACGAACCAUCUCGCCCUUGCUCUAGAACUGAUGGACUGCAACCUGCGACAAUACUUCACUCCUCAGCCUGACAAAGAACCCAUCAAGCUCUCGCUAGCAAUCCAGACCAGCCUCUGUCAUGACAUAGCCUCGGCACUCAAGUACAUCCACUCACGAGGGGUGGUACACAGGGACCUCUGUGGAGAGAACAUUCUGCUGUCCUGUGGAGGGGAAACCCCCGUUGCUAAAGUGUGCAAUUGCGAAAUGUCUAAACUCACCAAGAAUGAUACUCAUGGUGUAGCACUGCAAGCAUUUGCUCACAAUGGAUUCAUGCCACCAGAAGCUACUGACAUGGAGUCAUCGUAUUAUAACUCGAAAUUUGAUAUCUACUCAUUUGGUGCUCUAAUGGUUCAAAUUGUCCGCCAUCUUCCCACCAUUAAAGAUCGUAAAUAUCGUAAAUAUGAAUUGAAACUGAUCAAUGAAACUCACCCCAUCAAGGAACUUAUAAUUGAUUGUUUGAAUGAAAACAGAGACGAUCGACCCUCAGCUGCUCACCUAAAGAGGAGACUGGAAGGCCUUCAAUUAUCAUCCAAGUCUGAGCAAGCUCUUAAUGAAGCCAUGAAGGAAGGAUUUGUCCGUGUGAACACUACCAAUAUCUUAUUCUUUGGAAUGGCAGGCACUGGUAAAACUUCCACUAAGCAUCUCCUUCUGGGACUGCCUCCUCCUGAUGAUCGAAAUAGCACUCCAUUAGCUACCAAAGCAGAGAGGAUACGACAAAUUCGUGACACUACAAAGCUGAAAACGGAAGCUCAAGAAGAUCCCUCUAGGUCAUGGAAACCAGUAGUUAGUGAUGACUUACAACGCAUUGUUGCUGAUGCUAUUAAAUCUCAUGUGACCAGCUCAGAUCCUAACUCUAAAGCAUCUGCUAUUCCACAAGAACUCAACAUCGCUCUGAAGCAACUUGAACCUAGCAAUGAAAUCGGUGCGCCAGUUGAUGCGAGAGCAACUAAACCAUCAGUAGCUGGAGCAAAAAUAACGCUUAGUAAGCAAGAAAAAAAGAAGAGUAAAUUUCUGAACACGGUUUCGAAUGUAAUAGCGAAUAUUCAGCGAUUUUCUGGCGCUGAUCGUACUGCAGUUCAAGAAAAGUUUGGAUCUCAUUGGAUCUACAUAAUCGAUAGUGGUGGGCAACCACAUUUUCAUAAUCUUCUACCACUCUUCAUGCCCAAGAUUUCUGUAGCUUUGUACAUUCUUCGUCUCUCUGACUGCCUGGACGAUCAUCCGCUGGUUGAAUACUACAAGGACAAUAAGCCAGUUGGUGAAGUUUUCAAGUCACAUCUUUCAGUUCUGGAUAACUUCAAGUAUCUUUUGCAGUCGAUUCAAUCUCACAGUAAAGAGUGCAAGCUGGUAUGCAUUGGUACUCACAAAGACCAUAAAUCUAAAUGCAAGGAAACAUUAUCCGACAAGAAUAAAACGUUGUUAAACUUUGCAGAUAAAGAUAGCAUUAAAAAGUUGACUAUGUUUUUCAAUUUGGGGUUAAAAGAUGUUAUAUUUCCUGUGGAUUGUAAGAACUGCGAUUCUGACAGUAAGGAAGUGGCAAAGACAAUUCGUGAAUGUAUUCACAAAGCAUCUCAAGAGCUGAAUAAGAAUGAAAUCCUGGUCCCUUUUUGGUGGUUUGUUUUGGAAAUUAUUGUCGAGAAGGUUUCGAACGAUGAAAAAAGAAAAGUUUUAAGCAAGAAUGAAUGCGCAGAAAUUGCAGAAGUAUUACAUAAUUUUCACGAAGAUGCACUGUGUGAAGCUUUAAAAUUUUUCCAUGAGCAUCACAUAUUUCACUACUAUCCUGCCAUUUUACCAAAUGUGGUAUUCUGUGAUACUCAAGUGCUUCUCGAUAAAGUAACAGAGCUUGUCGAGUAUGCUGCAUACAUGCGAGGAUCAUCUGGGUUCGGAACCUGGUUAAAUUUUACCAAUAAAGGAAUGAUUACGAUUGAACUUUUAUCUGAGAAUAGUUUUGAAAAGCACUACGUCGAUGGACUCUUUGCACCCAUUCAUCUCAUUGCAAUAUUCAAGCACUUGCUGAUAGCCACACCAUUUCCACAAGAAGUCACUCAAGAGAAGCGUUUCUAUAUGCCAUCACUUCUAUCUUUGCUCCCAUCAACUCAAGUCAAUGACAAACGGGCUGAUUUGCUUAAGACCGGUUUGAUCCCACUCGUUUUACACUUCAAAAAUAAUUGGCAAUGCUGUGGAGUGUUUUGCUGUCUCCAAGUGUACUUGAUUAAAGAAUGUGAAUGGGAAAUUGAAAUGUAUGCUCACCAGCCGAGUAGAAACUUUGUACAAUUGAUUCAUCUAAAGCGAGACUGUACUAUCACGCUAAUUGACGGGUUUUCAAUCCUCGAAAUUCAUUCCAGCAAUAAUCAAAAAGAAAUACUGUCGUUGAUAUAUGCAAAUAUUCAAUCUGGUCUUCGAUCUGCUUACAAAGCCCUGAAAUACACGUAUGAGGAUCCUGAAUUUGCAUUUUUGUGUCCCUGCAUUUCGCAAACACUUUCUCAAAACUCCAUCUCUAGUGCAAGUCCCCAAGUGCCCCACCACCCAGCUCGUGUUCUGGCUGAGGACGGUGUAAUGAGGUGUACUCUAUGCAAUAAUACGUAUGAGCUAGAAGACGGUCAUAAAGAUUGGCUCUCUGCUUGUUGUAAACUGGAAGAUCCUCUAGCCUCAGGACAGCGCAAAAAAUCAGUGAAAGAAGUUCAAACUCGGUCAAAGCGUUCUAAUAAGGAUGUCACUGCACAAGGUAAUGCAGUGACUCCACUAGCCACUCCACACACAACCACUCAGUCAGGAUCGUCACAAGAGGAGCCUACUAGCAGAAACCAAACAGUAGAAAUUGCACAACAACGGUCGUCCAUUGUUCUGACUGGAGAUGAUAUUCUAACAAUUUGUGAGAAGCUGAGAAGUGCAAGCAAAGAUUGGUUCAACUUGGGACUGGCUCUCGGAAUGAAGAUUACCGACUUGGAAGACAUUGAAGAUGCAUACCGCCAUAACCAACGCCGCCUAAUGAAGAUGGUAACCAAGCGUCUUGAAGUCACUGAUUCAGAGCAUCCGAUGACAUGGCCUUACAUAUGUGAAUGUCUAAGGAGGCCUAUUGUUGAGCGUAACGAUGUAGCCGAGGAAAUUGAAGACAAGUAUGUGAGGACAGCAACUGCAGUUGCUCAUAGUGCCACCAAUUGAUCAUGAGAACCUGAUAAGGUGUAGUGCGGUGAUAGAGUUGCUGACUCAGCGAUUAUCAGCCAUCACUCGACUGAGACAACAUGAAGUAUCUUCUCUGACGUUGCUAAGGCCGUUGCUAGGCUACACCAUCGAACAAAACCCAUCAUACAUCGUGACCUUUUGCUGAAUUCCAUAGCACUGGGCGUACUACUGUUCAAGCUGUGCUUCAUGGAUACUCCAUUUGGUGACAACCCUCUAGCCAUAGUUAGUGCUCAGUACAGCAUUCCUGAAGACUCUCCCUACACACAAGACCUGCACAACUUGAGAGGCUACCUGUUGACCUCUGACCCUGAGCUGUGUCCCAGCAAGUGUGUGAGGUGGUGUCCAGGAUCACAGGAACCACCAACCAUGUCACUAAUGUCUUUGCAAACCAACUGAUGCAGCUAACAAGGAGUAUAUAUCAGAGGAUUUGGUUCUGUUUAAAGAUAAGCCCAUCGGAAGUGGUGCAUUCGGUUCAGUAUUUAAAGGAGAACUGAAUGGACAGCCUUGUGCCAUCAAAUUGCUACAUGCAGUUGCCAGUGAAAUACGAACCCAAAUACCAACUGCGAGUCUCGCCUCAACAGAUUCUACUGAGAGGUUUCGUAAAGAAUGUGAAUUCUUUGAGUUGUUUCAACACCCCAAUAUUGUCCGUCACCUAGCAACCAAGAAACAUCCCAAGACGAACCACCUCGUCCUUGCUCUAGAACUGAUGGACUGCAACCUGCGACAAUACUUCACUCCUCAGACUGACAAAGAACCCGUCAAGCUCUCACUAGCUAUCCAGACCAGCCUCUGUGCAAGCAUUCGCUCACAAAGGAUACAUACCACCAGAAGCUACUGACAUGGAGUCAUCGUCCUAUAACUCGAAAUUUGACAUCUUCUCAUUUGGUGUUCUAAUAGUUCAAAUUGUCCGCCAUCUUCCCACCAUUAAAGACGGAAAAUAUCGUAAAUAUGAAUUGAAACUGAUCAAAGAUGCUCACCCCAUCAAGGAACUUAUAAUAGAUUGUUUGAAUGAGAACAGAGACGAUCGACCAUUAGCUGCUCAGCUAAAGUGAAAAUGGACAUAGCGAUGUCGUUAAAGUAUUGAUAGAAA